AGGUGCCCUGACAGGCCCAACCGAACGCGGGGAGGGACCGAGAAGGGCAAGUGGGGUGGACACGCCUCUUCCGCCCUGCGCCCGGAAGGGUGAUGUGGCUGGGGCUUCGCCGGCCUCACUAUGUCUGCCAUUUUCAAUUUUCAGAGUCUGUUGACUGUAAUCUUGCUGCUUAUAUGUACCUGUGCUUAUAUCCGAUCUUUGGCACCCAGCCUCCUGGACAGAAAUAAAACUGGAUUGUUGGGUAUAUUUUGGAAGUGCGCCAGAAUUGGUGAACGGAAGAGUCCUUACGUUGCAGUGUGCUGUAUAGUGAUGGCUUUCAGCAUUCUCUUCAUACAGUAGCUCGGAAAAAUAUCAGAAUUUAAUUGCCAUUGGAUUACAGUAUGAAAAAAGGACUUAUCUAUAGAAAAUAAUGGAAAGAAUGGUUAACCCUUUUAUCUCUGAACAUUGAAUGAGAUAAAUUUCCAGCUGCUGUUAUCUAUUUUUGUUAUUGGACCAAUGUUCUAUGUAAAUAGGAUGUAACCAUUUAAUACGCAGAGUUUAAUAUGUCUGUAACAAUCAACCUCCGUACUCUCACUACAAUGUUACAUUCUGCAAAUGUUAUUCUGUUAUGUCGGAUACCAGUUUUUAGUGAGGUAUCUCUUAAGACAUAGAAUAGAAAACAAAAUUGGUAAAUUACUCCACUUCCUUUCACUGUGAUUUGGAAAUGAUUAAUCUUUAUAGAAUGAGACAUUUUUCUGGGCUAGCUUUUUUACUGGGAAAAAAAAAAGGUUCAAUUUGUGUUGGUAAGGAUUGCAUUCAUAUUUAAUAAUGCUUGCUUUUCCUGUGGCCACACCAGACCAUUAACAUAGUACAUCUAAGCAAACUAUAUAGUGUACUACAGGCAUUUCAACUAUUUAAAACAAGCCUGUGUGGUUCUUAAGGUAAAUGAGAUGUGACUUAAGAGUACUAUUGAGAAAAUGUCCAUAUGUAACAUAAAGUUUAGAAUAGAUGACUGGUCCAGUAGCCUCUGAAAACUCUAGAUAAGUAUGGAUAAAUAUCUUACGAAUAAAUUGACCAGCUGUCAUUCUCUGAAUAAGACUACAUUCUUAGAGUGAAAAGAGCAAAAUAGAACAAUUCAGAAUGAUAAUCCUGUAUGUGUCUUUCUUUUUAGUGUCAGGUCUCCAGUUUUAAUUGCCCCAAAAUGCAAACUGAAUUUUUUUGUUUUUAAAUACAGCACUUUAAAUCUAGUUUACUUUUUGUGUGUCAUCUUGAACUGGAAUCUGCUGUGUAACUCAGUAGGCGAUGAUAAACAGUUUUCAAAUCUGCUUGUCUGUAUACCUUGGCAUAAGUGUCUUUGAGUUUUGAUAAUAAAGACCUUCAAUAACCUUC